GUAAAGUUGCGAUCCCUAUCGGGGACUCACAAUGUCAAACUGCUACAAAAAGUCUAUCGGGCAACAUAUAGCACAUCGUGUGUCUUCGAAAAGUCAACUGUCAAAUAUUCUUCUUUAAGUUUUCGUCGUCCAAAAUGACGAAAGGUACAUCAAGUUUUGGAAAGCGCCACAAUAAGACACAUACGUUGUGUCGCCGUUGCGGCCGUUCAUCAUAUCAUAUCCAGAAAUCGGUGUGUGCACAAUGCGGCUAUCCAGCAGCAAAAAUUCGAUCAUAUAAUUGGUCAGAGAAGGCAAAGCGCAGAAAGACCACAGGAACUGGCCGUUGCCGCUACUUGAAAGUGGUGCGUCGUCGCUUCCGUAACGGAUUCCGUGAAGGUGGACAGGCCAAACCACGAAAGCAACCAACUAAAGCCUAAAUCAAUUCGAUUGAUUUGAAUUUAUACCCAAGCAACGCUGUUAAAAUCGGAUAAAAUCAAUCAAAAUUCGAAUAAAAUUUAACUCUUUGCAUAAAA